AUGGAUGGACCCUGGAAAACCAUUUGGUAUGCAUGUCUCGGGGUCCUCCGCUGUGACAACAACUUUUGUGCAUACACGGCACCUCCUCCCACUGCCAAAGGAAAAGCUGCUGAGUACAUCAAGGACGGGACCCAUAUCUGGACCCAAUCUCCCGUCACCGUAUGCCAAAUUGACAUUCAGAAGGACACCGGAUGGGGUGUCCUUUGUCAUUCCGGUUUCCACGCUCACCCCUGGCCUGCCUUGAAAAAGGCCGAUCCCUUGGCAAUGUUGGACCUCCCGCAGGAGGUGGUGAAGAACCCAAAUGCCGGACCCUUGGUCCUUAAGGUUGGCCAGGCUGGCGCUGGUCAGACAAUUACUCCUCCGGUUGUGGAUAUACAUCCCGCGUUUGCUAACGGUGGGCGCUUGGCAUACUUACGUCAAAAGGUCUUGGUCAAAAAGGGCCUGAUUCCUGAAAAAGAAAGCAAAGGCGGAGGUGACCGCCUCAUUAUGGACUUGAUGCAUUGGGGAAAGACAUCGAUGUAUAGCAAAAUCCUCCACCUUUGGAUCCCCAUCCAACUCACGUGGAUGUGGGGCCUGGAAGAGGCGCACUAUAAGGCGCACUUCUCGACUCUCCUCGCGCAGAUCAAUGCUGCUGAUUUGACUUACCACAAGCGGGAUCUCCUGGUUCAACAGUUUGGUCAAAUCGCUCGACUCUUUCCUAAAGCAAAGCCUUGGAUCGACUGGUGGAACACUGCUGAUAUUCACAGCAUGUUGUUCUGCGCCCGGGACUGCCUCCCCAUGGACAAUCCUCCUCUCCCAGAAGGUGAGGACCCGCACGACUAUCCGGAUACCACUAAUGGUCAGGAGUCCAUGCAUUGCCAAUAUUACAUUCUCACGGACUUCAACAGUGUGCUUCAAGGCAUCUCGGUGAAGUACGGCAACAGUUGGGAAUCCGUUGUUGAGACCAUGGGUUGGUCAAAAGAACGUACUCGCAGACGCCCCAAAGUCAACAAUGGUUGUCCUCCUGAUACGACCGAAGCUUUGAUUCGCCCCAAGAAAGUGGGCCGGCCCACCGGAUCAAGAAAUGUCAAUUGGGAUUCCCAUUCUUCCUAUCAGUCCUACUUGGCAAGCACCGGACCCGGGAUUGAAGGCAAAGUGGGCAAGCUUAUCACACUUUGGAGUACUGAAGGACUCUUCUCCAACAACCUUCGAUGCUGCACAACCUGUUGCACAGACCAGGACUUGACUUCGACGGACGCGGAUGUAUCGCAUGAUGUUACCGUUGGGAAGCUGAACAAAGGUGACGAUAUCCCUUGCUUGUACAAACAAUGCCGUUUGGAUUUCACUGGACAACCGAUGAACGUCUACUUCCAGAGGGGUUUUUGGGGUUACCAUCAUUACUGGAGUAAAGUGGUGAGAUAUGUAGAUGGGGUUCGGGGGGUGUGGUUUUAUGACGACAGAAAGGACAAUGGCCGUGCUCAACUUCCUACGUCAAGCGAACAGAAAAUCAUCAAUCUUGGCAUAGCCAAGAUCACAUCAAAGAAUCCAGACGCUCAGGGAGAUUUACCUUUUGUUUUGCAACCGGAUUUGGACAACGUCAAGGAGAUCGAGGAGGAUUUGACAGACCUGCCGGUAUUGGAUCCUCCUUUGGCUACGGUUGCAAGCGGGAUGGGCACCAGUCAGCCCUUGUAUAAUGGCGCCAAGGUUGCUUUUACAUCAGCUGCGUCUCCAGCUGUUGAUGAGCUGGAGGCAUUGGAAACAACAGAUCCUACGGUUGGCUUGCAAGCUGUUUCUCAAAGUGACAAAGCCAAACAGGCAUUUAUUUGGGCUCAAAAGUCCGUUGUCUUCAGCUCCGCCAACUGUUAUGAGAAGGGAGGAGGGCGAGGAGGAUAA